AUGGACAACCCGGAGACGCUCCCGUGGCUGAAUAAGGAGCUGUACUCCAGGCAGCUGUAUGUGCUGGGCUUGCCAGCCAUGAAGAGGAUCCGGACAGCCAAGGUGCUGCUGUCAGGCCUCCAGGGCUUGGGGGCUGAGGUGGCCAAAAACUUGGUCCUAAUGGGUGUGGGCAGCCUUACGCUGCACGAUCCCCACCCCACCUGCUGGAAUGACCUUGCUGCCCAGUUUUUCCUCUCAGAGCGGGAUUUGCAGCAGAGCAGGGCUGAGGCGUGUCAAAAGGCUGUGGCUGAGCUCAACAGCGAGGUGCAGGUGUCUGUCCACAAAGGACACCUCACCAGGGAUGUCCUGCAGACCUUCCAGGUAGUGUUGCUGACUGCUUCGGGGCUGGAGGAACAGCUGGAGGUGGGCACCUUCUGCCAUGAUCACAGAAUCUGCUUCCUGGUGGUUGACACUCGGGGCCUUGUGGGGCAGUUGUUCUGUGAUUUUGGAGAGCAGUUCACUGUUGAGGACCCCUUGGAGGCGGAACCCCUGACAGCAUCUGUCCAGCACAUUUCCCAGGGGAACCCCGGCAUACUCACUCUGAAGACUGAUGCCCACCACUUCCAGGAGGAGCACUGGGUGACCUUCUCUGGUGUUGAGGGCAUGGUGGAGCUCAACGGCUGUGACCCCCGACCCCUCCGGGUACAGGAGAAUGGAACUUUGGAGAUUGGAGACACAACCUCUUUCUCUCCUUACUUGCGUGGCGGGCUUGUCAUCGAAGUUAAGAGAGACCAGACAGUGAGGCAUAUGCCUUUGAAUGCGGCUCUACUCCAGCCCCGAGUGGUGGCCCAGAAUCCCCAAGAAGCUGCACGUCGACACAGCCUGCAUCAGGCCUUCCGGGCCCUCCACAAGUUCCAGCACCUGCAGGGCCGCUUGCCUCAGCCCUGGGACCCUGCUGAUGCAGAGAUGGUGGCAAGCCUGGUCCCAAGUCUGGAACCGCUAAAAGGAGCACAGGGUGAGCCCCUUCAAGAGCCAUGGGACGAGGCCCUGGUGCGAACAGUAGCCCUGAGCAGUGCCGGUGUCUUGAGCCCCAUGGCAGCCAUGCUGGGUGCAAUGGCUGCUCAAGAAGUACUGAAGGCAAUCACCAGGAAGUUCAAACCACUGGACCAGUGGCUAUACUUUGAUGCACUUGACUGCCUUCCAGAAGAUGAGGAGAGCUUUCCCAAACCCGAGGACUGUGCACCAAGAGAGUGCCGCUAUGACGGGCAAACUGCAGUGUUUGGGGCACGUUUCCAGGAGAAGCUGAGCCACCAGCACUACCUCCUGGUGGGUGCUGGUGCCAUAGGCUGUGAGUUGCUCAAAAGCUUCGCCCUCAUGGGAUUGGGUACAGGGGGCCAUGGGGGCGUGACAGUCGUCGACAUGGACCAUGUGGAGCUGUCCAACCUGAGCCGGCAGCUCCUCUUCCGAUCCCAGGAUAUUUCUAGGCCUAAAGCAGAGGUGGCUGCAGAGGCUGCAUGCCUCCUGAACCCACACUUGCGGGUGACACCUUAUACCUAUCCACUGAACGCCUCCACAGAAUACAUCUUCGGGGACCAUUUCUUUUCGGGUGUGGAUGGUGUGGCGGCUGCUCUGGACAGUUUUGAAGCCCGACACUAUGUUGCGACCCGCUGCACCCACUACUUGAAGCCACUGCUGGAGGCAGGCACACUUGGCACCCUGGGCAGUGCUUCAGUGUUCGUGCCACAUGUAACUAAGCAAUACCCACCUCCUACCUCGGCUGCAUCUGCAGAGACAGCCCCCUACCCCGUGUGUACUGUCAGGCACUUCCCCAGCAGGAAGGAGCACACUGUACAGUGGGCCCGGGAGGAGUUUGAGGGUCUCUUUCGUCUGUCUGCUGAGAUCAUCAACUGCCAACGACCGUGAGACAUCCCCUGUGGACACCCCCCCAGUGAGACCCCCUUGCAGUGGACUCUGCAGGGCCUCAAGCUUCCUUUGCUCACCAGGGUGGACGCCCAGAGGCCACAGGAGCUGCAGGCAUUUCUGGGAAAACUGAGGCAGCGACCACAGACCUGGCAGGACUGUGUGGUGUGGGCCUGUGGACAUUGGCACCAACGCUUCCACUCAGACAUCCAGAGACUGCUGAGACACUUCCCACCUGAUAAAGUGUCUGCAGAUGGAAUGCCUUUCUGGUCACCGCCCAAACAGUGUCCCCAGCCCAUGGAAUUCAAUGCCAGUCAUGACUUGCACCUACUCUAUGUACUGGCAGCAGCCAAUCUGUAUGCCCAGGUACAUGGGCUGCCUGGCUCACGGGACAAGGCUGCCCUCAAAGACCAGCUGAGGACACUGUCACAGUCUGACCUUGCGCAUCAAACCCUCAUCUUCACUAGUGACACAGAGCUGGCUCAGGCUUUUGCUGAUCUUGGAGCUGAGCAGCCCAGGAGAAAGCUGGACAAAGUCCUGGAAGUCUGGAGCAACGGUCCUCCCCUGAAACCCCUGAUGUUUGAGGACAAUGACAGCAACUUCCACAUGGACUUUGUGACAGCAGCGGCCAGCUUGCGAGCUCAGAACUAUGGGAUCCCACCUGUCAGUCAUGUUCAGAGCAAGCAGAUCUUGGGUCAGAUCAUCCCAGCCAUUGUUACCACCACAGCAGCCGUGGCAGGCCUGCUGGGCCUGGAGCUGUACAAGGUGGUAGAUGGGCCAAGGCCCCAUCAUGCCUUUCGCCAUAGUUACCUACGAAUGGCUGAAAACACACUGAGCCGCUGGAUACCUCCCACCCCAGCCAUCCAAAGGUUCCAGGACCUGACAUGGACCUGUUGGGAUCGACUGGAGGUGCCUGCGGGGCAGCCUGAGAGGACCCUGGCAUCACUACUGGCUCAUCUGCAGGAAGUUCAUGGGCUAAGGGUGAGCCUGUUGCUAUGUGACACAGCCUAUCUCUACUCGAGCCGCUGGUCGCCUGAAAAGAGGAAUCGGUACCUGUCCCGCAGGGUGACAGAAGUGAUGCGGGAGAUGGGCUGGGAGCCUAAGCCGGGACAGCGGGUGCUGCUGCUGGAGCUGGGCUGUGAGGGAGAGGAGGACGACAUCGCCUUCCCUCCGCUGCACUACCAACUACCCUGA